AUGGGGAGGUCGCCGUGCUGCGACAAGAAGAUGGGGUUGAAGAAAGGGCCAUGGACACCUGAGGAAGACAACAAACUUCUUUCUUACAUUCUUUGCCAUGGCCAUGGAAGCUGGAGAGCUCUCCCCCCUAAAGCUGGGUUGAAGAGGUGUGGGAAGAGCUGCAGGUUGAGAUGGACGAAUUAUCUUAGGCCAGACGUGAAAAGAGGCAAAUUCAGCUUGCAAGAAGAUCAGACUAUUCUUCAGCUCCAUGCCCUUCUUGGAAACAGGUGGUCAACCAUAGCAAGUCACUUGCCCAAUAGAACAGACAACGAGAUCAAGAAUUACUGGAACACGAACUUAAAGAAACGAUUGAUCAAAAUGGGAAUUGACCCAGUGACUCACAAGCCUAAGAAUUGCGCGUUGGUUGGGCCCGGACAACCUAAGGAAAUCGCGAACCUUAGCCACAUGGCGCAAUGGGAGAGCACCCGUCUCGAAGCCGAAGCUAGAAUUGUCCGCGAGUCCAAGUCCCCGUCAUCGAGUAAAUCCUUCGCCAUUAAAUCCGCGACAAAGGUCUUGGAGUCGCGCCCCCCGUGUUUGGACAUACUCAAGGCGUGGCAAGUGAUGAAACCUAGAAAAGACAUACUCUCGGCCGUCGCCCGUGGGGGCAACCUUAACUCGCCAACCUCGAUCUUGAACUUUUCAGACAACACGCCCAUUUCCAAAAUUACCCCCGCGGUUGGACUUGUCCACGAGGAUUCUUCAAAGAAGAUGAAUUAUUUAGGGAACCCUCGCGCUUGCUCGAACAACAUCAAUGGAGGCAAGGGCAUAAUGGGGAAUUCACUACAAGUUCGUGAGGUAAGUUUUUGCGACAAUGACGAAUCCUUAAAGUUUCCGAGCUUCAUUGAAGAUUUUUCGGAGCUUCCCUCUUUGACGGCUACUACAAAUCAAGAAAAUUUAUCAACCGAAGAUAAUGGAGUGAUCGGAUAUUGGUGUAAUAUUUUGAACGAUACAGAUCCACUAAUGAUCUCCUCGGACAUUUUCUAA